GUGACGUAAGGCAGUAUGGUGUUAUGGGCGUUUCCAACUUUCCACAAAACAUUUUUAAAAUUCAAAGCAAAUGCUGUGCAAAAUUAGACGCACGUGUGCAAGACAUGAACAUUAAAUGUAAUGGACUUGAACGAAGGAUCCGCGCUAGGUGUAUUUAAUUGUAAAUUGUGUGAUUUGUCAAGUCCGUACACUUUUUACGGGCAGAAACCACCAAACACCAGAGCCAUCGUCCUCUUAGAAGAAUGUUAUGGCAUGAGAGACCCGUUCAGCCCAGAAAGAGAAAAGUUCCUGGUUUUAGGAUCUAAAUGCAGCUUGUGCAAUAAGAAUGUGUGUGUUGGACCGGACUGCAGUUUGUUCUACACCAAACGCUUUUGCUUACCAUGUGUGCGAGAUCACAUCCAUCAGUUUCCAGAACAGAUUCAGACCGAGUUGGCGAAGAAAAAAAACGUCCAGAAAACAUCCUCUUCAUAAAUGUACAGCUUCUAAUUGAUCAUACAAAGGACAAUAAUAAACUAAACCAUCUUUUCAGAUGUUAAAAAACCAUACAUGUUAAAAUUCUGUAAAUAUUUUUUAUUAUAUUGUGUAUAUAGUUUUUCUGCUAAUAAUCUAAUAACUUAAAUAAAAUUUGUUUAAGGGAGACAUUCAAUUGAAUAAACAUUUAAAUGAAGGCCAGGGGGUGCACACUGUGUUGCCCAUAUUUCCACAGGAUGCCCACUGUGGGGAUAUGAAAGCACUAGGUCUCUAUCACA